CUAAAGAUAAUUUUAUAUAUAUCAAGCAAACACUCGAUUAAAAUAUGCAGAAGAAUUUUACUGACACAAAGGAAAUUCCAAGAAAGAACAAGGCUGUUAUUAAUUCCCUGCUGUUCCAUUGAUGAACAUACAGCUACCCACGCCUAUUAGUUACAUAACAUGAAGUAUUAAUAAAUAACUCAAAAGUCAAACACCUUUAGCACUGUGCACCUUUCAACCUCAGUGUGUUACAUAUACUAUCAGAGGGCAGAUAGUACACUACUAAAAAAACAAAGGAGUGGGCGUUUGUUGUGAGUGAAAGUGUGUUUGUGUAAAUGAUAACACAAUCAAUAAUGACCGUUGUAGUAAAGCAGCAUUUUGAAUUUAUUGUUUUGAAGACGCAUAAAUUCUUCCACGGAAAUUCCUGGUGUUUAAGUGCUGCAGAUAUCAAAGAGUUGAAGCUGAAGCACUGCUGUUUCCAUUGUUUUAAACAGGAAGGAGAUGAGUUUUAAGUGUGUGAAUUUACAUUGUAUUUGCUCCUAAAGUGGAUGUGGGAUACCCGUUUAUAGGCAGAUGGUUUUGACCUGUAAAAACACUGUUUUCAUUUGAAAGUAAAAUAGUGAGAUUGAGCCAAAAUAAUUGGAGCACAGCCUGGUUAACACUGUUUCUCCCUCGGUGCUACAAGAUCCAUGACCCCUAUCCAUUACAGGCCGACGUAUCAUUUGCACAAAGCAGAGACAAAGAGAGAAAGAAGGUCUGUAUGACCUCAGCCCUUGUGCAUGCAUGUGGAAAGACAUGUCCCCACAUAGUCGCAAUCAGACUUCUGCUUUGCAAUCAGUCAUUCAGCUCCUGAGAGUGCUUCACCUGUGUUAGUGCGGCAUCAGCAGUCUGAGCUUCACACACUCAAAUUAGCUGGAGACAGGCGGUGGGAACACUUCUGCUUUCCACUCACUCUGCUUGGGUACACAAGUUCCCCUCAGCAUUCCAGAUAUGAGUGCAGUCAAAGUCAGGCACCAAAACAUACACGUUCACACACACACACACACACACACGCACAUUAACACACACAUAUUCUGACAGCAUGCAGCAGGAGAGGCAGAGCUCUGGUUUCAGUUGAGCUCCAGGCAGCCGCUCUGUUGGACUCUUGUGUUUGCAUGCAGUGGCUACUAAGGGCUUGACAACAAAGAUAUCAUCUUGGAUGAGUCGCUCCAAGGUAAUCACGCUGAUGAUAAUGUACUUCUUUUGUGCCUUGAAUCCGUAUUGGGUCACAAAAGGAAGGAAGCUGAAGAAAAUCAAGGAUCGAGGUAUGAAGCCGUGGAGACCUUGAUGACUCGGGAGCAUUGUUUCACUUCUGCUGUUUAAGUGGAUCCAGCCUUGGUCAUGCAGUCGUAGAUGUUUUAACCAGACUCAGUUUCUGAAGGAUAUAAGUGGAGGCAGAUUUUUGGACUAAGAACUGAACUUUCUCAGCCAAUGGCUGCAGUGGAAACCAAAGCCGCCAGCAGCAGUGCUGCAGGUCUCUCCUGGGCACGGGUUUGUAAGGAGUGUGGUCAGCAGCACGAGGGCCUGGAGAGCCACCUGUAUGAGUACCAGGACGAGGUGGACGAUGAGCUAGUUUGCCACAUCUGUCUGCAGCCGCUGCUCAAACCCAUGGACACCCCUUGUGGCCACACAUAUUGCUUCCUUUGCUUGAGCAACUUCCUGAAGGAGCAGGACUUUUGCCCAGUGGACCGCCAAAGAAUACAGCUACAUCAGUGCCGUCCCUCCAGCCUGCUGGUCAGAAAUCUGCUGGACAAAUUGGCUGUGACCUGCCCUUACUAUGAAGAGUGCCAGCAGCAGAUGCAGCGCUGUGAACUGCAGCCUCACUUGCACAACAGAUGCCCUGUUUUUAGAAGACUGAGGGAGGAAGCAGAGAGGAGGAAGAGGCCCUCGUGGCACGAACUAAAAGGGCGUAAAGGUGAAGGAGAGUUGCCUGGUGAUGCUAAGCUAUCAGUUUUGCUCUCUCGAAAUCCCACCAGAGAGCAGCCUGACCCUGGGCUGAUAAAUCCUGCCUUUGAGGAAAGUGAAGAAGACAACACCCCCCUGCGCUCUAGUCUGGUAGCUGAAGCUAACACAGUGGAACUGUUCAGAGAUGAGCCUGAGGAGGAUCUCGGCUUUCGCAUUGUAGGGGGAAAAGACACACCACUGGGGAACAUUGUCAUCCAGGAGAUCAUUCGAGACUCGAUUGCAGCCCGUGACGGCAGAUUGGCCCCAGGGGACCACAUCUUGGAGGUGAAUGACAUCAGCUUGGCCUCAGUCCCUCACGGCCGGGCCAUCACUGUGCUGCGGCAGCCUUCGCUUCUCAGGCUCACAGUGAUGCAGGAGAAAGGUUUUAAAUACAAAGAUCCACGGUCUGACCAUCACGCCAUCUCUGCCCCUACGAUCGCCUCCUCCCAAACCUCUCCAAGUCAUCACAGCAAUGCUACCUCCAGUAACAAUCCUGGUACAGUCUUGCAGGUGACGCUGAUGAAGAGUCAGCGCAGCGAACCGCUCGGCAUCAAACUCAUCCGCAAAUCAGAUGAAAGCGGAGUUUUCAUUCUGGACUUGCUCCUGGGUGGCUUAGCAGCCAAAGAUGGAAAAUUGAGAAACAAUGACAAAGUGUUGGCCAUAAAUGGACAUGAUCUCAGACACGGUACGCCUGAGAGUGCUGCACAGAUCAUACAGGCCAGUGAGGUGCGUGUGAACUUUGUGGUGAUGAGAACCACAGAGUGCCAGGAUGAAGCAGGAAGUAGCAGCAGCAGGGAGGGUCAACACGGCAGAGCAGCCAGAAGAGCAGUGGAGCCGCAGUACUUCAGGCGCCGCUCCACAUACAUGAAGGAUCCUCCAGGCGGGUUUUCCAGCCAGGAGAAGACUGUCUGUCUGAAGAAAGAGCCACGACUCUCCCUGGGCAUCACCAUCGCGGGGGGCAGGGAUUGUCGCAACCGCCUGCCUGUUUACAUCACCAGUGUGCAGCCUGUCGGCUGUUUACACCGAGAUGGCACCAUCAAAAGAGGUGACAUUUUGCUGAGCAUCAAUGGAGUGGAUCUGACACAGCUCACCUACAACGAGGCCGUGUCUGUGCUGAAGGCUCAGACGGCCCAGUCCCAGGUCGUGCUGCGUGUCAUUCAGACUCUCUCUGAUGACUCAGAGGAAGACAGCAGCGCUGUCAGCAGAGACGAAAUGGACCUAAUGGACGAUCUGAGGGAUGACACCCUGAACUGGACACCACUGUGGACCCGCUGGUUGGGAUUACCAAGUCACAUGCAUUGGUGUCGUGACAUUGUCCUGCACAAGACCAACAACGAGAGCUGGGGCUUCAGUAUUGUCGGAGGCUACGAGGAGAGUCACGGUCAGCAGCCUUUCUUCAUCAAAACCAUCGUGCCUGGGACACCUGCUCACUUUGACGGACGCCUGAAGUGCGGUGAUGAAAUCGUGGCAGUGAACGGAGCCACAACAGUGGGGAUGAACAACUCAUCUCUCAUUCCAAUGCUGAAGCUACAGAAGAAUAAAGUCACUCUGACUGUGGUGUCCUGGCCUGGAAGUCUAGUCUAGAGAAGACACACGUGUACUUUCUCUCUCUUUGUCCUACGUGCACACACACUCACAGAUUUCAGUGUUGCCUGGGACACUCACUGUCACCUCCAUAUGGAACUCUAGCUGUGGUUGUGUCUAAUUGAAGGGAUAACAUGUGGUUUGUUCUUAAACAUCAGUGUUGGAUCAAGAGUGAACCUGACUAAAUUUAUGAAAACAACAGCACAACAUUUGCCUGUGAUUAAACUACGUACAAUAUUAAUGCAAAGCCUUGUAACUGAUGCCAUGACCGCAGCACGACGGACACAAAUCGCUGCACAAACAGCUCUUAAGAGUGGAGUUCUACGACCAACUCUUACUUUUUUUGUUGUUGUCAGACGCUUAAAACCAACAUUUUACUGACACUGGUGAUUCCAUAAAACCCAAAAACCUCCUGGACCAGGGGGACAACUCUGCCCUCUUCAGUGGUUGUUUGCACACUACAUCGCACAAUAUACAGCACACCAAUACAGGAAGUAACCACUGCACCACAGUGCAGUGGUUAGAUAGUGCAUCUACACAAACUCACUGAUGUCUGACCAUGUUAACACACCAUUAAUGAUAGACUGUCACUAGAACAUGGCUGCCAGCAUGGACUAAAACAUAGAUUCCAGCCAUGUUACCUAGAAUCUAUUGGCUACACUCCCUCUGCUUUUCUCGUGUGUCCCAGCAGGGGGUCCAGUUUUCACUGAGUGCCCAUGUCUCAGGCCCGAGCACUGACGUUGUGUCAAUCCCUCAUACAGUCACUCCUCACAAAGAACAUCUGCAGUUAUCCAACACAGAAUGUGUGUGUACAUUAGUACAUGGACAGACAUGUACCUGCUCUGGUGAAUACAGUACAGCUCAGUCUGGAUGUCAGAUGAUGACAAUCAGUGAACUAUUGUAUUUUUUUGUUUGUUUGUUUUUUGUUACCAGGAAGGAUUUUAUUUUAGUGCUGACCUUGUUUUGAUUUUCCAUCUAUAGAUUUAUGUUUAUACUCAGUUAAGCAUUGGUCAAUGUAUUUCUGUGAUUCCUGUGACUCAGUUGUACGACAUCCACAGCUGUGAACACGGUCUUACAUGUCACACGUAUUGAUAGAAUUACUGAUGAUCAUUUGUCACAAAGAGAAUGCAGACUUUUGCCAAACAAGGAAAAAAAUCCACCUUUUGUAGCCAUGUAUCAUUCUAAAUGUACAUCGUGAUUUAGUGUUGUGUCAAACAAAGACACAUUUUGAGGUUAUUUAUGUAAGGAGCAAACGUGUCUGUGGAAAAGCGACCUAUUUUAACAGGCACAAGGUAUAUACAAAUUUUAAGGAAGAGACUUUACACGUUUUUAUGGAUCAUUUAAUUAGAGUGAAAGGAAACAGUUUGGGUCUAAGUAUCUGUUCAGUUUAAAGUGAGCACAGAUAAUGUGAGCAAAUUAAACCCAUAUGUUUUUACACUAUAUUUCCAUCUCUAUUUAUUUCAAAUGAUACAAAGUCCGUUGUAUGAUAUUAAGUGAGUGCCUUGCACAUGUUAAAGGACAAACCACAUAAUGUAGUUGCCUUAAAUUGCCACUCAAUGCCCACAUGCAUCCUCUCCCAUUAUUUCUUCACAUUAUACAGUGUAUAUAUUUGAAAUAUAGUCCAGAGAAUGGAAAUGCUAGUCUAGCUACAUUUGAUUUGUUGUAACAUUUACUUUCCAGGAGACCUUUUCUUUGUUAGAUAGAUUGAAGCUUGUUCAUGAUUUAAUUAUGUUGAAUAAAGUCAUUUUAAA